UGCACGAGCGCACAACACCCCUCAAAUACUCCGAUCACCGUGGGUCGAAUCCGAGCCAUUUGGAACUUCAUGGGUCUCUGGGACCCCCCACUUAACCUGACCAAUAUAUAGAUCUCGUUAAGUCUUGGGAGCUGCAGUUGAUUGAGUCCCGAUGGCUUCAACACCGUCCGCCUCAGCCCUCUCCGCGGUUCUCCGGUGUCAGGGCAACAUACUCGCCCGAAAGGGGGCGAACCAGAAGCGGCCUGCUGCAUCGGUCUACGGGCUCGGGAUGAAAUCUUCAAACCGAUCGUUAUUUCGUGCUCUCUUGGGUUUUAUAUUUAACAGGGAGAUUGACGAGAGUCAAGGAGUCUGGUCCGUUUCGACGCAAUUUAAAAGACGAUCUGCUGUAAGAAACACUGAGGAUCAUCUGGUCAAAAACUCAACAUUAAAGAACUGUCGUAAAACGAAACCGAAGACGGAUUAUUACAGUUUUGCGUAUAAUUCUGAGCAUUUUAGUAUUUUAUCCAAAAACAUCACGGUUCUUCGAGUGGGUAACUUGUAUGUGGGGAAAGCAACGUCGGAAUAUCCAAGGACUUUUUGCAUUUGUAUAGUUUGUGCUCACGGUAAGAGCACAUUAAACCAACAUGAAGUGGAUUCGUUAUUUCCGAUUGUUUUACUGUCGAUAUUAAAGAAGAGACUGACGUAUUUAACAGCUGCAGUGUCUGGCAUUAUGCGGACUAAACUGGGAAUAGACAGGACCAACCAGAUUUAUCCGGAUUGCAAUAAGCGGAGUGGAGGUUUCGAAUAUACCACUGAAGAUCAUACGGAUGCUGAAUCUCAGACUCUGCAGGGAGAAGCGUCUGAAACUGAGAAAUGAAUCUUCUGCAGAUUCUUUGGAUGACAUGCACUUCACAAAUGCACCUCCAGACUUCCUAAAAACAGAUAGCUAGAUUUAUUUUGAUUGGCUUAUAUGUUGAUGUUUGUAAUGCCAGUGUAACCGCACAAUAUGUCCUGGCUUGUGCUGUGUGUUGUAGCCAACUGUAUGACUGAGCUCUGUGGAUGUAUGGUAGAGCUUUUAUAUGCUUAGUGUACUGUAUUGUUGUAUUUGCCUUAGGAAUAAUAUUAUAUGUAAAUAUAUUAAGAAAUAUAUUAUUUCAAAGUACAUAUGCAAAACGCUGACCUUAUACUGUAAUCAGGUAACCAACAUGUAUUUAACAGAAUAAAAGGGUCAUACAAGUUAAAAGUGCCUGACUUUAUGCAUAGUUUUCAAAAAGCUGUACAUUGGCAAUAAAAUAUCAUCCUCACACACAGCAUAGAGUCAGGUUAUAUAAAUGAAUUUUUACUGUUGACAUUUCCAAGACUUUUAACUAUAAUAUUAGUCAGAUAUUAUGACUGUGGGAACCCUAGAUACCAUCAUUCGUGUUACCCAAAUACUGUAAGCUCACUUUCUUCAAAUGAUGUCUAUAAAAGGAUAUUUUUUUUGGAAGAAUGUGUGUUGAAAUAAGAUCCCAAAAGAUCCGUGAUGCCAAACAUCUACGUUUUUUAACUUAGUACAGUCGAAAACCUACAUACAGCUACUUAAAAGUAAAGCAGAUGUUCUCAUGCGAGACUUGAGGGGGCGGAGCUUUCUAAACAUGACGCCACGCCACCCGGAAGUCAAGCGCUGUUACAUUCUUGAGCGAAGCUUGGACGGUACGCUCGAGAGUCAGGAAGUUUGUAGCUCUGAAAAUUAUAGGUUAUUUAACGUCUAGACCAUUUCAGAUCCAAAUAAAGGACCUGGGAUAUUUGAAACGGUGCAGAAUUCUUAAAGCUACCGAAGUAUGAGUAUAAGUGAGUGAGAAGUAGAGAAAUGAGUGAAGAAGACGUUCAACAUGCCAGCAUAUGAGCGCGUGUUGACUCAUGUAAGUCAGAUAUGUUGUCGUGUUUCAUCAUAGUCGUGCUGGUUUCGUGGAAAUAAGUAAACUGGUUUUUCAGCUUUUGGGCUAUUGGUGGUGGAGGGGAGGCUGAAUGGGCUACAGGACCUGCCGAUGGUCACCCUGGCACUUUGGACUACAAUUCAAAUAUCAUAAACCUAAAACCUGGAACAUGUUUUAUUUUCACCUACCGUCUCUUUAAUGUAAAGUUUUAUUUACUUAUUAGAUAACAAUCAUGCAAAGCAUGUGAUUUUUUUUUCGAUAUCCACAAGACUAGUUCUUUAUGUUCUCAAUGCCCUGUCUGUAUUAUCAUCCACUUCUGCUUUCCUGAAUCCCCUGUAUCAUUGCACCUCAGGUCAAUGGCCAUGCUCCGCAAGAGAAGUUCCUUCAUCAUUUGCGGUGGUUUUAUAUUCGUAGCUUGGAAUGUCAUUCUUAUCUACGUCCUUAUGGGUCGUCCGCUCGGUCAGCUUGACAGCAAGGCUGAACCUGGUAAAGCAGGUGACCAAGGAGAAGGCGAAAUAGGAAAUAUUAUCAAUGAGGUGAUGCGUGUAGCUAAUGAGUUUGAGACUGAACUUAAAUCGCAGAAGAAAAUCUUAAUGCAGAUCAAGAGCCAUAGGUCAGUUUGGGAAAACAACAAGGACAAUGAACCUGCCGCUGAGAAAAAAUCAAUAGCAGAACCUGCAGCACCCGUGGUCAUCCCGAUUUUAGUCAUUGCCUGUGAUCGUGUGACAGUAAAACGCUGCCUUGAUAAACUCAUUGAGCAACGCCCAUCCGCCGAGCUUCACCCGAUCAUAGUGAGCCAGGACUGCGGGCAUGCGGAAACAGCCAAUGUGAUCGCCUCGUACGGCAGUCAACUGACCCACAUUAAACAGCCCGAUCUUUCAGAAAUCGCCGUACCUGCGCAACAUAAGAAGUUUCAGGGCUACUACAAAAUCUCAAGACAUUACCGUUGGGCACUGAAUCAAGUUUUCAACACGUUCUCCUACACGUCUGUUGUCAUUGUGGAGGAUGAUAUAGAGGUGGCUCCUGAUUUCUUUGAGUACUUCAGGGCACUUCAUCCAAUCUUAAAAUCGGACCCAACUUUGUGGUGCGUAUCUGCCUGGAAUGACAAUGGCAGGGAUGGGUAUGUUGAUCCCGGUAAAGCAAGCUUAUUGUACAGGACAGAUUUUUUUCCAGGCCUGGGCUGGAUGCUCACAAAGGACCUCUGGAUGGAGCUCGAGCCAAAAUGGCCAGCCUCAUUUUGGGAUGACUGGAUGCGUCACCCCGAUCAACGCAAAGACAGGUCCUGCAUUAGACCAGAAAUAUCCAGAACUAUAACGUUCGGCCGCAAGGGUGUGAGUUUGGGUCAGUUUUUCGACAAGUACCUCCGCUUUAUUAAGCUCAAUACCGAAUUUGUGCCUUUUACAACACUAGACCUGUCCUAUUUGGAUAAAGAGACAUAUGAUAAGACCUUUGAUAAGGAAGUAUACAGUGCUGAAGUGGUGACUAUGGAGGAUCUGAAGGGUGGUAAACUGUCUGGACCUGGACCUUUCAGACUGCAGUAUUCCAGUGCUGACAGUUUUAAAACAUUGGCCCGUAAUCUCGGCAUUAUGGAUGACCUAAAGUCAGGAGUCCCUCGAGCAGGGUACAGAGGUGUAGUUAGUUUCCUUUCACGUGGAAAGAGGGUCUAUUUGGCACCACCUGCUGGUUGGAGUCAGUAUGAUCCAAGCUGGAGUUGAAGUGGGGUGUGCCUUCCUCACAAAACAUCUUUUUUUUUUAAAGGUGCAAAGCACAUUAAAGUUAUAUUUGGUGCACUUGUAUGUUACAGCCUUUCUUUAAGACUUACUAAGGUUUAUUUUACAACUGUGAAAUUACUGCAUACUGUUGUAAAUGUCUUAAAAUGUCAUUGUCCAGUGCUAAUAUGAUACCAAAGAUAAAAGAUUUAUCUCUCAGA